GCGCUGGAAAACAGAAAGCCAAACCGGUCAUGAGAGGCUAGUUGUACGACUGCACCGCGCUUGUGAAUUCUGUUUUGUGGCGAAAUACUGCGAUAUUACGCGGACGCCGCGCGAGAGCGACACGACGGGCAGCCGGUAUCUCGAAAGAUGGGAGCCUACUUGUCGGAGCCGAUCACCAAGAAGAUAUCGUGCGACGAGGUGGGAAAGAACGUCGCGUACGGCGCGAGUUCCAUGCAAGGCUGGCGUAUCAGUCAGGAGGAUGCACACAACUGCUGCAUAAAUUUCGAUGACAAUACUUCAUUAUUUGCUGUGUACGAUGGUCACGGAGGGCACGAGGUAGCAACUUAUUGCGCACGUAACCUACCUGAAUUUAUCAAGCAGACUGAAGCUUACAAGAGGGGCGAUGUCGCGCAAGCUUUGAUAGAUGCCUUUCUGGGUUUCGAUGCUACCCUUACGAAGCCAGAAGUAGUGAAUAUGCUCAAAGAGCUCGCAGGGACUGGAUCAGAAAAAAAUGAGGGUGACUUGAAUGAAUCUGAUGAAGAGGAGAAUGUUAGUAAUCUGUGUAUGGAGGCGACAAUGCCAUUGGAGCAAGUAAUGGCGAAGUACCAUCAGUCAGAGAUCUCGAAUUCUCAUGUGAAAAAUCUCAAGGGCGAGAAAUGUGGUAAACGCGCGUGUUUCGCGAGCCCUUACCUACGUGGCCGGAGAGGACGCGAGAAAGCAGGUUGUUCGUCGUCUGGUGCAGGCUGUUCGUCUUCGCCCUCGUCUCUGUUACAACCACCACCACCACCACCACCACCACCACCACCACCACCACCACCACCACCAUCAUCACUGUCGCAGUCUUCAUCCUCAUCCGCUGCUGCCGCCACACCAAGCUUGGUUACAACUCCCUGGAAUACAAAUGAAACAGACGUGAGUAGUUCCAGUCAACCGUGUGGCUCCAGUCUGUCCAGCACGGUGGAGCAAAAGGAGACCGACUGUCCGGCGAGCAACGAGGCCGAGCAGGUGCUGGACUCAACGACGAGCAAUGGCAAUUCUCACGCGCCUACACCAGUGGGCUCUACUGCGGACGUGGAACCUUCCAAGUCUAUGGAUAUGCCCGACAGUUCGGAGGACGUGAAGGAGGAGGUGUCGAGUCUCAGUAAGGCACCAUGCACAGCGGAAUCUAAUGCGAACGAUGCGGACGUCAAUGGCGCGGAGACCAAGAGGAUCGGGGACGCAGACAGUAGUAAAGGCGGCGGUGACAAUGUAUCGAGCAGCUCCUGCACACCCGUGGAGAACGGAGAUGCCGGGCAGCAAGAGCGAAUAACUAGCAGUGGACGGAGAAGAAUCCAACCCAUGGAUCUUUACCAAAGUUUAUUGAAAAAAGGCAACGACGAUUCCGAGGAAGACGACGAUGACGAUGAAAAUGACGAAACAUUCGACGGCGUGCCUGAAAGUGACGAUACGGAAGAUAUCGAUGAGGAUGAAAGCGACGAGGAAGAUGACGAGAUCGAGGGAGAAGAGAUGGAUGAAGACUCCGACGACGAGACCGAUGACUUUAUGGUGAACACGGAGAAACCUGGCGCUGACAGCGGAUGCACGGCGGUGGUGGCGAUACUCAAGGGGAAGGAACUAUACGUUGCCAACGCUGGGGAUUCCCGCUGCGUCCUGUCUAGGGACGGCCAGGCUGUCGAACUCAGUCUAGACCAUAAGCCCGAAGACGAGCCAGAAAUGGAGCGUAUAGUAAAAGCAGGCGGAGGGGUGACAAGUGACGGCCGAGUGAACGGCGGCCUCAAUCUUUCUAGAGCGCUCGGCGAUCAUGCGUAUAAGCAGAACAUGGUAUUGCCGCCACAGGAACAAAUGAUUUCCGCGCUGCCGGACGUAAGGCACGUGACGAUCGACCCUGAACGAGAUGAGUUUAUGGUGCUCGCGUGCGACGGCAUCUGGAACUUCAUGUCCAGUCAAAGCGUUGUGCAAUUCGUGCGCUCUCGUUUGUCGCAAAAGUACGAGAAUCUUUCCAAGAUCUGCGAAGAGUUGUUUGAUCAUUGCCUUGCACCGGAUACUCUCGGCGAUGGGACGGGCUGCGAUAACAUGACCGCCGUGAUAGUUCAAUUCAAAUUGCCAGCGUCUGAGACCGCUAAGAGCGACACAGUUGCUGACGUGUGCGUCGCGAGGAAACGAUCAGUCUCGCCAACCGCGCCCGCCGAAGAGAAUAACGAGUGCGCCGCGGAAGAGAAUGCAGUGAAUCCGUGCAAACGCCCAAAAACCGAAGCAACUAUGUGAAGCAAGAGUCACGCAUCAUCGACCGAUAGCUGGACGAAUAAGCGGACGAAUAAAUGUGAGUUUAAGUAAAAUUACCUGCGCGUAUUACUCGGCGCGAAUCUUGAAUGGACACACGACGGCACUUACAUAGUAACAGGUGUGUGUGGAAUAACGCUAAUGUAAAGAGUUGUUAGUGCUGACCGUUGAUGGCAGACUGAUCGAUUGGAGCACGUGGGGAUGAUAUUAAGUCCCAUUUUCGCAACGGACAUGCAAGCCAUUUUUUAAUUAUCUGUUAAACGAUAUUGUGUGUGUGUGAGACAUUGCAUAUAGAAUUUUGUUUCUUCUUCUCUAAGAUCCACACAUGCAUAUGUCCACUUAUCGUCGUAUGUACGAAUGUGAAGUAUGGUCGUCUGAAGAAGAGUUUUCAGUUACAUUAAAGAAACAUUCAACGUACGGACUAAUACAUUUAUCGUGCGCAUAUUUAAAUCAGCAAUAAUACUCUUUGAUCCUGGUGGAUUUCUGGAUUACAAACAGUUUUUAUUUUAUGUCUGUUGUUUUAUUUUUGUACCCUCCACCUCUUCGAAAGCAUUUACAAGAAUAUAUUUAUGAGAAUACAUACGAUAAAUAAUACGCGUACGAUUUAAUAUAAAUGUAUAAAUUUAUACGAUAUAAAUUUAAACGUAUAAAUUUAUACGAUUUAAUAUAAAUGUAUAAAUUUCUCUUGUAGGAUUUCACAUACGUUGUAAAACUGUAGUUUCUAUCUUUAUUUUUAGUUUUACACAUCAUACGCUCACUCAUUGAUUGAAAUGAGUUUUAUACCAAUGACGCAAUGAUACGAACUGACAUAAGCAAUAAUAUUAAUUGAAGUUUAUGCCGCUUGCUUUUUUUUACCUGUAUUUAAUUUCCAUUAUUCUACAUGACCAAUCCCUAUCCUCUUGUGCUCCUCUUGCUCUUCUGUAAGUUUUAUAGUAUUUUCACAUUGCAAAAUAUUAAACACUCUUUAAAUCAUGAGGACUGAACUCAGAUAAAAUUCAGAUAUCAAUACGAGCAAAAAAUAAUGUUCUUAUCUUUAAUAAAAAGAGGACAAUUAAAUGAAUUACGUUUAUAAUUAUUAACUAUUUUAGACGUAAUAAUUGUAAUUAUGUUUGUAUCAUUGUGUCAUUUGUUUCAAACUAUAAUUUUUGUGAAAAAGUUAUCAUUAUGCGUUAAUCUCUUAAUAUUUCAAUUUAAUAAUAAUUAGGUCAAUUUAAUAAUAAUUAGGUCAACUAUUUUAUGUAUCAUCCCAUUUGCUCCAGCUACACUUACAAAGAGUAUAUUUCUUGAGUUUUUAGAUUACAUACAUAGUAUAUAAAUGUACAUAUAUUUAUAAAUGUAGACUAUAGGAUUUAUAUUUGUAAUUCAAUACAACACUAUCUCUUAUUUUUACGAAAUAGAAUUUAUUUUUGAAUCCCUGGGUAUAGUGGUUGAAUGGAUGGGUGUGCGAGUAGUUUUAAGAUGUUUAAACUAUAUUAUACGAAGGCAACUGUGCGUAUGACGCGUUACUAAUUUGUGAUUUUAUAUUAUUGGCGACGUUAAAGGACGAAAGAAACGUGAAAAAAAGACACGCACUCUCAAGUGACAAGUCACAUCAAAUACCAUCUAUUUCGGAACGAUCUAAAUUUGUUCGGAAAUUUGCGUAUAUGUCGAAAAUAUGUUUUUGUAAAUUUAUACAUAUUUGUAUAGAGAUACACACGCGCGCGCGCACACACACACAUACAAACAUACUAUAUAUUCUUUUUCUCUCUUUGUAGUUCUUUGGGGAAACGGCAAAGGUAUUUCGUAUUGCGAAGAAAUUUUGGCAAGAUAUUACAAUAUUUAGAGUAUUUGGAUAUAUAAGUGGAAUACUUGUGGUGUUGCGAAGAGAGAGUCGCGGAAUUCUUUCUAUCAUUGAAAACAAACGUGAAAUAUUUAUAACAUUAUGAAACGAAUGUAAGAUACUUGUAGCGAACAAAUGCAAAAUAUGAGCAGAGCAUAUUGUACCUGGAAGUAAGCCUAUGUUUUACAUAGCUGCUGAAAAACGAUCAGUUUCUUUAUAAGCGAUCUCUUUUUGCAGUAAUUAAAUAAAAGAUAUCUGCUCUUAAAUUUAUAUAUUUAUCUCUAUUCGUGCAAUAUGCUCAUUUGUAUCUGCUCAAUGUGAAUACAAGCAAACUGGGAAAGCGUGUGUUAAAAACAAAGAAAAUUUCCAUGGAACUUUGGUCUAACGUGCUUACAUACCGAAUCAAUGAAUUAAUGUUAUUAUCUGACGCUAAUCGCGAUACUUGUCUCGUUAAAAUUCGAUUUUACAAAAUUGUGAUAAACGCGCGCACACACACACACACACACACACACACACACACAUAAACACACGAUAAAUAAACGUAUAAACGGGAACUACGGAAAAAAAUGUUACCUGUUUGCAAAGAUACGUAUGAAAUAACAUGAAAUGUUAUCACUCACGAAAUCGACUUAAAAACGGUGAGUCGCGACCCAGUUUGGUUACCCUCGACAUGUUUGCGAUAUUUGAGAUUUUCUGCUAUAAUAUAUAGCUCUUUUCUCUCUCGAUGCUCGCGUAUAAUCUCGCAGUGGUUAUUAGACAGUAAAACUUUGUCGAAGGAAUGACCUCUAGUUGAACGCAUACGCGCAAUCACGAUAUUUAUGUAAAUACCGUUUGCAAGGUGAUCAGUAGCGUUUAUCGAUACUAGUGUGGUAUCUAGUAUCACUCGGAAUGAACUGAUGUGCCUUUCCAAUUCAGGGGUUGACAACCUCCGCAACAUAUGUAUGUACAUUCGACUCCGUCUCACGAAGAAAGGUUUGCGCCCAAACACUGUCUUUAGCUGCAAACUUCGUCAUACACUUAUGUAUAAUAUCUUGUUUCAUAAUAUACAUGUCGCUCGAA